AACCAGGGGACAUGGACUGCAUCCGACGACAGGGCGCUCGUGUCGACGCGGCAGCGCGGCCAGCGCUGGGCCGACAUACAGCGAGAGCACUUUCCCACCAAGACGGCCAAUGCAUGCCGCAAGCGCUACGAGAGGCUGAUGGAGAGACGGGGCGUCUACACGCACGACACGCGCAAGCUCGAGCGUAUUUCCAAGGAGUACAUAGGCAUGCGCAAGCAGAUCUGGUCGGGACUGGCCGCGCGCGUGGGCGAGAAGUGGAACGUAGUCGAGGCUCAG